GCGCAUGUUUGAUUCGCGUUUUUUAACCCGAAAUUAUGAUGUAUGGAAGGUGUAUUUACGCUCGAAAGGCGGGGAAGUGCGUUGAUAACCGGACGGGUGGGGGAUUUCACGCGUGUUCCCCCGUGACGUACAGUCCUGGACUUCGGUGGAAAAGUCGGUAAAAAUGCUGAGACAUUCCACGACCAUGAGGGCUUCUUUCAAAGCAUCAGGUGAGGGCAAAGAUGAGUGUCAGAUCGCCGCCGACUGGCUGAUGUCCAGCACGCCCAAGCGGCCGACCAUCGGCAUCGUGUGCGGCUCCGGUUUGGGGGGUCUGGCUGACAUACUCGAGGACCGCCAGGUCUUCAAGUACUCCGACAUCCCCAACUUCCCUCAAAGCACAGUGCAAGGUCACGCUGGUCAGCUGGUUUUUGGAACACUAAAGGGGAAGACGUGUGUUUGCAUGAAGGGCAGGUUUCACCUGUACGAGGGCUACCCCAUCCAGAAGAUCACGAUGCCCAUGCGUGUCUUCAAGCUGUUGGGCGUGGAGACGGUCAUCCUGACCAACGCGGCUGGAGGGCUCAACCAAGACUACAAGGUGGGCGACGUCAUGAUCCUCAAAGACCACAUCAACCUGCCGGGCUUUGCAGGAGUCAACCCUCUGGUCGGACACAACAAUGACAAGUUUGGCGUCCGCUUUCCCUGCAUGUCCGACGCCUACGACCGCGAGCUGUGUAAGCUGGCGCACAACGUGGCGGCAGAGCUGGACUUCAGCCAUUUUGUGCAUGAGGGGGUCUACUCUGUCGUGGGGGGGCCCUCGUUUGAAACCAUCGCCGAGUGCCGCAUGCUGCUCAAGCUAGGGGCUGACGCUGUGGGCAUGAGCACGGUGCACGAGGUGAUCACGGCCCGCCAUGCCGGUAUGCGCUGCUUCGCCAUGUCGCUCAUCACCAACCUGGCGGUGAUGGACUACGACAGCCAGCAGAAGGCUAACCACCAGGAGGUGCUGGAGACGGGCCGGCAGCGGGCCGUGCAGCUGGAGAAUCUGGUGAGCACCCUGGUGGGCCGACUGGAGCGGGGCUGCAAUGACAAGGCAAUGUGAAGACCACACUCACUUCUUUUUUAAUCAGCUAACACACACACACCCCAGUAUGGCUGAAACUUUCAAAAAAGUGUGUGUAAUGUUUCAUUCCAAAAGCACUGCUUUCCACUUUUUAACUUAGCUUAAAAUGCUGUACUAGUUAUGCGUCAGUCCAGAAUGACUAAAGGGUUGUUUUUUUUAUGCUCUUACCAAUUUUUACUUUUUUUUUUUCAGAUAAAGUAAUUUGGUGCAGUGUGAAAAAAAAAAAAAAAGUUACAGAAUAUAUAUAGAAAAUGUAUUUAAAUAGAGCAAGCUCUAGUAAAAUGUGCAAAAGAAAUAGAUUUAUAGCGCUUACCGGCUUCAAAAGUCUUAUCGCUGAAUUAUAAACUCAGCUGGUCUACUUUUUGCAAUAAAAUGCUGAUCAAGGA